AUGUGGGGACAACGACUGCUGCCGACACUGCUGGUCCUGGGCUGCCUAUGGGUCGCCAUGGCGGUUUCGGUUUCGGCCAACGAGAACGAGGAGUUCGAGGAUGCCGUUCCCGAGACGGAGUUCGACUACGAAGAGCGCCGCGGUCGUAAUAUUCCGUCCCAGGCCUACGCUGCCCCGAUUGUCUACAACUCGCAGGCCAGCUAUUCGGCGCCCAAGGCCCAGGGAUACUCGGCACCCGCGGCUCCGUCGUAUUCAGCGCCUGCUCCUGCUGCUCCAGCCUAUUCAGCGCCAAAGGCUUCAUCGUAUUCCGCGCCUGCAGCUUCAAGCUAUUCCGCCCCAGCUGCUCCAUCAUAUUCAGCGCCUGCAGCACCGAGCUAUUCUGCCCCAGCUGCUCCAUCAUAUUCAGCGCCUGCAGCUCCAAGCUAUUCCGCCCCAGCUGCUCCAUCAUAUUCAGCGCCUGCAGCUCCAAGCUAUUCCGCCCCAGCUGCUCCAAGCUAUUCUGUCCCAGCUGCUCCAUCGUAUUCAGCACCUGCAGCUCCCUCAUAUUCAGCGCCUGCAGCUCCAAGCUAUUCUGCCCCAGCUGCUCCAAGCUAUUCAGCACCUGCAGCUCCAAGCUAUUCCGCACCAGCUGCUCCAUCAUAUUCAGCGCCUGCAGCUCCAAGCUAUUCCGCCCCAGCUGCUCCAUCAUACUCAGCGCCUGCAGCUCCAAGCUAUUCCGCCCCAGCUGCUCCAUCAUAUUCGGCGCCUGCAGCUCCAAGCUAUUCCGCCCCAGCUGCUCCAAGCUAUUCUGCCCCAGCUGCUCCAUCGUAUUCAGCACCUGCAGCUCCAUCAUACUCAGCGCCUGCUGCACCAUCUUAUUCGGCUCCUGCUGCCCCAUCAUAUUCAGCACCCUCAUCAUCAUCUUAUUCAGCCCCUGCCGCUCCAUCCUACUCUGCACCUGCGGCUCCCUCAUACUCAGCUCCUGCUGCACCAUCAUACUCAGCACCCGCAUCAUCCAGCUAUUCAGCACCAAAGGCUCAGUCCUACUCUGCUCCUGCAGCUCCCUCAUAUUCAGCACCCGCAUCACCAUCCUAUUCAGCACCCGCAGCUCCAUCAUAUUCAGCACCUGCUGCUCCUAGCUAUUCUGCACCCGCUGCUCCUAGCUAUUCAGCACCCGCUGCUCCCUCGUAUUCAGCACCCGCUGCUCCAUCGUACUCCGCACCCGCUUCCUCUGGAUACUCAGCAUCGCGAGCAUAUUCAGCGCCAGCUGCGGCACCAGCAUCCUCUGGAUAUUCAGCACCAAAGGCUUCUCCUGCUUCCGCCUCCGGAUAUUCUGCGCCGGCAUCUUCUUCUGCUUCCAGCUAUGCAGCACCUGCCAAGGAAUCCAGCGGAUACUCAGCGCCCGCUGCUGCUUCGAAAUCCUCCGGCUAUGCCCGCACGUACAUGGAUGAGCUCGUUGGAAUGGCCAGGACGGCUGGCGGCUAUGGACCACCGGCUCCGGCUCCAGCUCCUGCAUCCUAUGGCGGCGCCUCAAUUCCCUCGCCGCCGUGCCCCAGAAAUUAUGUGUUCGGUUGCCAGAGUGUUUUUACGCCAGCUCCUUGCAGCCAAGGAUAUUCCGGCUACUGAACCCACCACUCUCACUCCCAGCUGUGACCCGAUCUUCU